AUGCCUCUACUUUUCUCAUUUUUCCUCUUCGUUUACCUGUACAUCAGCAGCUCGCUAUUUUUUGACAUCGUUCACUUUUGCCUGCACCAAUGGUCAAGCUCGCGAUAUGAAGCCCUGCGAUGGCUCUCUCGUUGUCAUCAGUUCCACCAUCUAUACUACAACCGGUCCCUAAACUUCAACUCCAGAUAUCGGUGGCAGAAUUCAUGGUUUGCAUUGCCUCUUGAAGCGGCCUGCCUGUGUAUCGGAGGCCUACUGGGCUGGUUCUUCCUCAUGCUACUCCCAGUGAUCGAACAAAAGCACGUACUACGUACUCCACUGAUCGCUAUCCUUGCCGUACAUAUCAUCCGGACGUCAGUCGUUAUCUAUAUGAGCGGCCAAGAUUCGAAUCACGUCGUCUACAAGACAGUCCCGAAAGACCCCUCCUGGCUGUUUGUUGGGCCGCAGUUCCACGCACUACACCAUGUUCAUCCGGAUCGGUACAUGGGCUCGGUGGUCAAAGUUUUCGACUGGUUAGCGGGGACUGCAUACUCUCUGCGUAACAAAAGCGUGGUCAUCACAGGAGGGUCAGGAGCGCUUGGAUCUGCGAUAAUUCGCCGGCUACGGUCCGAAGGAGUUCGGAAUGUAUAUUCCUUGAAAUUCGGCGAGCAUUGGACUCAUGGCGAUUUCAAUCGUGUUGGGCCCAUCUUCGACCAUUUGGAACCAGAUAUUCUCAUUCUAGCACACGGCACCAAGGGUGAGGAUGCAAUGGAUGCGAAUUGCAACUCAACCAUCCGUCUCAUACAACUCUACCUUGAGCAACGGGCUGGCCGAACCCCAGCUAGCGCAACCAAGACCCUCCCUGAGGUCUGGUACAUUGGUAGCGAGGUCGAGCUGCAUCCUGCGUUUGGAGGCGCCGAAAUGUACCGCUAUCUCGACUCAAAACGGGCGUUUCUGCCCUACGCCCGUGCAUUAUAUGACGAUUCGGGGGUCGUUUAUCGCCAUAUAGUUCCUGCUGCGUUCCAGUCACGGAUGGGCAGAGCCAUUGUGUCUGCCGAUUGGGCGGCCGGGGUUAUGAUGUGGUGGAUACGUCGCGGCGCCCGUUAUGUCCCAGUUACCUAUACGGGGUUCGCAUAUUCGAACUUCUUCAAGUUCUUUUGCUCGCGAAAUACUAUAGAUGGUGUUCCAGUGGACUCGGCCCGAGUUCGGCCGGAUCGGAGCGGGAUCGGAGUCGGCCGGCAACGGCAUGGAGCAUCGUCAUCAAGCGACGUUUGUAGGAUUAAUCCAGCUUUGUAG